AUUGUGGUAACUGAUAAGCACCAGCAGCAGGCAAUAGCAACAAGCAGCUUAGCAGAGGGGAGGGGGUGUUCACUGGCUACAGUGAGCUGUCAACAGAGAAUGGACGAAACACAAUACUGUGAGUCUCUGCUUAGGGAAAGAAGUCUCCAGUCAGGCAGAGGAGUAGCAGAGUGUGGACCACAUCAAAGACCAAAGGUGACAUUUUUGGGACAUGAGAAACUGGCUGCUCCUCACUUCAUCCUUUUUCUGACCCACAGUGCUCUGCUAUGUUAGAGAAGGCAUGGAGGAUAUUGCUCUUAUGGCCUCUUCUUUGCAGUGCUGCAUGGAGUCUGGCCCCAACACAAAGUUCAGACAGUCCCUUUUUUUUGAGGACCACCAACUUACCCGCUGGUGAAGAUGUGAAGAAGAACAGCACAGUGACUUUCACCAGAAACUAUACAGAUAUUACUUGUGCGUCCUUGCUCCCCCCACGACGAGGCUCGUUUUCAGUAGAGAAGGGCACAGGGGUGUCUGUGGGAACGGUGCUGGUCUUCUGGUGCAGUGAAGGUUUUCAGUUGGUGGGCAGUGAGAGGAUUUCCUGCAUCCUGCAGGCUGGAACUGCUCAGUGGAGCAAGUACCCCCCCAUUUGUGAAGCCAUCCCCAAACCGGAGGAUCGUGGCCUACGAGUGGCUGUGCUGGCAUCCGUGGUGAGUGGCAUCAUCAUUCUUGCCAUGUCUGCAUCCUUCAUCAUCUGCUGCCUGCAAGAACGCAUGAGCCAAAACAACAGUUGUGAUUGGAGGAACAUUAGUAGCAGCAAACCGGAAAAGGGUCAGUCUGGCAAUAGGAGCAAAUAUUGGUUAGAGAAGGAAGAGGUAGACUGGGAUGCAUUUAGUCCUCCCAAAAUCUACCACCUGCCCCAGCGUGUGGAGCCACGCCUCCCCCUUAACAAACCCCUGUAUACCAGUGGCCUCACAGGCUAUGAGAACUGUGGCUAUCAGAGGAGUCAGGAGAGCUUGCUGAACGUCCCCCUGCCGGGCCUGUAUUGUACAGAGAGUCUGGUGUACCCCCAUGUGGUUCUUCAUAGAGGGCCCACCCCAACAACUCCAACAGUACCCUCUGCCCCCAGCGCUCCUGUUUACCUUCCCCUUUCAACAGACAGUCCCCCUGGCCAGACUGCCCACCCUACCUCAAACCUCACCACAGCAGCCCCAAACCGACACUACUGCACUCCCAGCCAUUGCAACAGUUUUUUUACCAUAUUAAGGGACCCAUUACAGGCCCACAGGUGACAAAACGCUGUUUUACUGUAUGUUGGAUGGUUUGUUACAUUUCAUGAUGUUCUUCUGACCAAAAAUUCAACUGUUGCUCAGUUAAUGAAUGAUAUGGUCUACUUUCAUUACUGUUUGCAUGGGCUAAUAUUUUCAAAAUACAUCCUUUGCCCACUACGUAUAUUACUGGUUUACAGACUGACAAUAGUCUAUAACGUUUUUUUAAAGCUCUGUUUCAAAUCUUCCUGGUUUUAUUUUCUAUGGAGGACACAAGUGGCUGAACACUAAUCUUCUGAAUAAAUCUGCAUAAUUUUAUUCUCAUAUAGCAAACUUUACACACAGCAAUUGUCAUUGAUUUUUCUUUUCUUGCACCCAUGCCUUAUUUGCAUCAACAACAGGAUAGAUUUGCUGGCCUAAUCCAUUUUAUAUGUAUGCAAAAAUUCAAGAUUCAUUAAAUAAAGGUAAUUUUUAGGGAAAAAGUAACUAAUUAAUUAAACCUUCAGAAUUAAAAACAGGGGCAUUACAUUUCUAGACGUGAGACAUUCUGUAGACAGCCACUCACAAUUAAAUUCAUUCAUUUUGACCACUAAAGUAAGAAAAAUGUGUCCCUGGUGGGCUAGCACACUGUUUAUUGAGGAGUGCUCAGAACUGCAGGCAGGCAGACCAGUAUUCUCUUCUUUUACCACCAUGCCUUUGUUAUGUGUGCUUUGCAUUGUCCUGUUAAUUUUUGACAAAGUAAUCUCUUGCCUGUUAAUAUCAGCUAUUCCUUAAUGAAAAUGGUUCUUGGUGUUGGUCCAGUCUUUCUUUGUUUUUAAAUUUCAUGUAAUUUUCCCUAUUCGUUCACAACACUUAUUCACAAAUUAAGAUCUUCUGUUGUUCAGGUUCUUCAUAGCCCUUUUUAUGGAUACUGUUUUGUUACCAAAUCAUGAUUACAAUCACCUGUUGACAUCAUCUGUUUAAAAUCACAAAAUUUGAGCCUUAUUAAUAUUUCUAAAUCAUCGAGGACACAACAUGACAUAUCUUGGGUUUACACAGUCUGCAGUGAAAUAAAGUCAAAGGAAUAGGAAAACACAGACUUUUUUGUUUUAUUGUAUUGUAAGUUUGAAAUAUUUUUUCUAAUAUUUUUGUGCAUAUACAAUUUGUAACUUGCAGAAAGGGGUUUAAAAAAGGUUCGCUAAGCUUCUGCAAUGUCUCAAGAUUUAUAUCAACCCAGAGUUGCAUUCAUUUAUCACCAAGAUUCUGAAUUGAUGAUGGUAGAGUCUGCUGCACAAAAUCUUCUCCAGCACAUCCCAAAGAUUCUCAAUGAGGUUAAGAUCUGCACUCUGUGGUUUACAAUCCAUGUGUGAAAAUGAUGAUCUCAUGCUCCCUGAAUCACUCUUUCACAAUUCCAGCCCCAUAAACCUUUGUUAUCUUGUAAUAUGGCCGUGCCAUCAGGGAAGAAAAAAAUCCAUUGAUGGAAUAACCUGGUCUAUAUUUAGUAUAUUCAGGGAGUCAGCUGACCUCAUUCUUUCAGCACAUACUGUUGUUGAAGAAACACUACUGAAUGUGGACACUUUGUCAUUAACAUAAGAUACUGUUCUUAAAAUAAUCUUUGGCAUUCAUGUUGUUAGGAACA